AUGGACACAGCUGAAAUGACAAUGGAAGACGCAUUGAUCAAUGAAGGAUUCCGAAAAAGAACCAAUGACGAGAACGCGGAUGUUUACAAAAUCUUCAGCAUACUCUAUGGUUUAGUUAUCUUCAUUGGUGGUGUGUCCUUUUCAAUUUCGCAUGCUAUUGUGCCAAGAUGGGAAGGUGAAAUUAUCAAAGGUUUGGCUGAGAUCUAUUUCACUUAUUUAUACUGGACAUCCAUCAUUUGGAUUAUAUUCUGUAUAAUCGAUAUCAUUCGUCAUCGACGCAAAGUCAACAUUCCUACAGGACCUUUAAAUCGACUGGAUUCCAAUCAGACUACUUUGGGUGGUAAUGUUCGUCUCGUGCACAAACAGCUCUCAUCGCCAUCGUCAGAACCGAAUUUCAAUUCCGUGAUUAAACCUCAUAUUAACUUGAAAUUACUUCAUAAUCCUGAACAAAACCAAUUAGAUAAUGAUGAUGAUGUACAACCACAGAAACAUUCCAAUGAACCAAUAAUAGAGAUAGAACAUAGGCAUAGUUUUCAUGAUCAUCACACUAAAUCGAACUCUUUGGGCAAUAUCUUAGAUCACUCAUCUGCAGCAACAUCACCAACGGAUACGACACGAGAUAUUACAACUCGACGACGUGCUCUCGAUCCACUUGGAAAACAUCAUCUCAUAAAGUAUGUACGCCAUCGAAGAGACAGUAUUGUCCAACACGUUAUCGGUUACAAUUACGACGAUAAUUCUGUCGUUGGUGGUCUUUAUACUCGUGUAGGUAUUGGAAUUUUUUGUCUUGGUACAGUCAUCCAUUCGAGUCUAUCAAUUCUAAGUAAUUUGGAAAAUUCUCCAUGUAUACGAUGGACAGCUGUAAUGGACGAUUUCUCACGAUUACUCUUCACUUUCAUUCAAUUCUUCUUCAUUUUCAAACACUCGAACCUCAUCAUUCGAGCUCAUGAGAGUCUAGCUCGUUUGGCAGUUAUGCAUAUCGUGGUCGCUAAUUUGUGUGUAUGGUUUCGCAUGGUUGUGAUUGAAACCCUAACACAAAUCACAGAACUAGAUGGUCAUGGAGCGGCUGUGACACAACACAAUAGUACCGCUAGCCACUUUAAUAAUGACAAUCACGACACAACAAAUGUUCUCAAUCGACUACUGCUCUUCCAUUUGAAAUGUUCAAAUUUACAGGCCAAAGGAUCAACAGUUCACACUCUCAUUCAUGAAGGUUACAUGAAAUUGGAACCGCUCUUAUAUCCAUGCACAAUUGAAUUUAGUCUUAUGUGCCUCACACUGUUCUUUCUCAUCUGGGAAAAUAUUGGGGAAACAUUUAUACAUAAAAUAUCGGAUAAAGAAUCAACAAAAAAUGUUUUCAUGGUAAAUUGUCAUGCAUCCAUCAAAGGACUCUUUGUUGGAAUGAUCGUUUUCUCCUUUACGUUAAUUUCAACUCUUCUCUAUGCUAUGUUUCGAAAUAAAAUCGGUGAUACUACCCAUUUGACGUCAUCCUCAUCGGCUGAUAUGAAUCACAAUCAUCUACACAGUAUGCCUACGAGUACAGAAAUGAUAUUGCAUCAACAACAUGCAAUGUCUGCGAUGAUACCUAGUGAAAUUGGUGUCGUUCAUGAUCCAUUCACUUCUGUAUCAAAGACUCCGAAAACGAUGGAUUUCAACAUUGCCAUUCUUGAGAUCGUGAAUUUAUGUUUAUUGAUUUCUUCAUUAUUUGCUACGAUAUGGGCAUUAAUCAAAAUUCGCAAGCUGCAGUAUCGCCGAACGACGACACGUUUCGACGAUGUUCUCAUUAUUGUCGCAUUGACAGGCAUCUAUUUAUAUUCGAUCUUCAGCGCUUUCGCUAUUAUUAGUAAUCUGAGUUCAUCAACAUGGAUCGCCUAUGUUAGAGUAGCAAUCAUUAUUUUAGAAUUCGUCGAAGGUACCGUUCAUGCAUUGUUUAUUCUUCUUGCAUUGCGCAAACGUUUGAAACGAAGUCCUAAACAUAAAUAUCCAGCACGUGAAAUGAUUACUCUACUGAUUAUGCUUGAUCUGAGUCUUUGGUUUGAAAAAACAACAACAACAACUAAACAUGAAGCAAAUCCAUUUCAAUUAGCCUUCUAUCAUGUCGUCCCAUGGUCGAUUAUCGCCGCCAUUGCUACACCACUUCAAAUCUUCUUUCGUUUUCAUGCAUCUGUCUGUUUAUCACAUGUUUGGGCAAAUAUGUACAACUUGCCACAAUAUCCAUCAGCAUCUGUUCGUGAACUCUGA